AUGAGUUCGUCGGCAAACUUGGAGUUCAAAGAUAUACCCAAAAUGUACAUCGACCCUCUUGCACCCAAAGAAAAGAACGAGGGUGCCAGAGUCAACGGUAAAGAUUGGAAGAUGAAGAAGGAUGCUUUCCGUGUGAAGACCUUGGGAGUUUCCAAGUCGUCAAAGUGGAAACAAAGGGAAGAAAAGAGACUCCAAGAAGAGCAGUUCAAGGCCAGAAUCAAGGACUUGAAGGAAGAGAAAGAAAGUGCCCAGAAGGAAAGAAUAGCUGAACGUAAGAGAAGACUUCAGAUCAAGGAAGAAAAGGAACGUUACGAGAAGAUGGCUGCUAAGAUGCACGCUAAGAAGGUCGAAAGAUUGAGAAAGAAGGAAAAGAGAAACAAGUUGUUGAAGGAACGUUAG